AUGCAUGCAUACACAAGUAAGCCACUCGAAUCGCGACGUUUCGCUGUUGCUGUUGCGGAGGUCUUUGGAGGGAUCUUGGGCAAUGUGAUUGAGAAGGAAGAUGGAUCUUAUGGAAGCGAUGAUCGGACCUCUGAGAUUCGUGCCUCCUUCAAGCACCGCAGGCAUUUGGGACCCUGGCAAAUGACCACUGACUCCGCGAUGCUCUACACCCAGAAGGUGCUGGAAAGCGCCUGCCCCUUGGCGGAGAUCCCCGGGAUCGAGUCGCCCGAGUUCGAACGCUCACGACGGCGAGGACCUGAGGAGGCGUCCGACUCGGUGUGUAUGGAGGGAUUCCGCUACAUGGCUCGACGGGGUCCAAGUGGCAAGUGGGAACCCAUCCUACCAGACGGCAUGAAGGAGCUUCUUCUUGCUGAUGCAGAUAAUGACAUUCUGAGCUCGCUCGCGUAA